GUUGCAGCGUGGUGUGACAAUAGCUUUCGAAAAAUAAUUUAACGUUGGCGCUUGUUUUUGUUUUUUUUUCGUUUCGUUUGUUUUGUGCAAGUCCCUGGAAACGGCAAGCAAUCAAAUGGCCACGGUACGCAACCAAACGACGGCCAGUGGCGGCGUCGCCACAUACAACAACAAUAACGGCCAGGAAUUGACGCUGCAGGGACCGCAGGAUGCUGGGGCAACGCUGGCCAUCGGCUAUGUGCGGGAAUUCUGCACUCGGGCCGCCGCCUUCCAACGCCAACGCUCCGAAGAGGCGCUGAUCUACGUGCAGCGUAGCGUGGCGCUACUGGGCACCAAGGUUCAACCUCACCACUUCGCUCCUGCUCCUGGCAAUCUGGAACUGGCCCGCUUUUUCGUCGAUCUGCAUGCGCUGAUGGGCGCGCUGGACGCCGAGGGCUCUGCAGGCGGCAACCAGAGCGAAGGUGAUGUUCUGUGGGGCUGCGUGGCUCUAGUGCAGCACUGCAGCCGUAACCUAGAGGCGCGCCGUGCCAUUGUUGAUAAGUUCUGCUUUGUGCCACUGCUGGGACUACUCAUACGGCGCACCCAGCGGACGGAGCGCGUCUACCGUCUGCUCGUGCUGCUACAGGACCUCACCUACGGCAUUCACAUCGCUUGGGAGGAGCCCUAUCUGGCGGCUCUGCUCGAGCAUCUUGUGGAGAUUGUGCACGGCUUAGAUGGCGGCGAAGGAGGUGCCGGAACCGGGGCAGCCGGCGCAGUCGCGGACGACUCGCACGCCCUGCUUGCCCUCUCCGUGCUGGUGAACCUCUGCUACAAGAACUUUGCCGUGCUGUUUCUCUUUCUGCGCAGUGUCAACAUUUCGGCGUUCUGCCGGUGCAUCCAGAGCUAUGGCCUGCUGGCCUACAAGAUGCUCAUCAUCCUGUCCGAGGACGUGCACGCCUUCGAGCAACGCGAGCUGCACACCUUUCUGCGCACCGCUUUCGCCGGCAUCGAGGACUGCCUGAAGCACUCCAAUGUGGCCCAGUUGCGGCACAUCGUAGACUUCCUGCUGGACUCGCAGUGUCACGCCGGCCUGCACCGGGCGAUGCUCUCGCACAGCCACUACUGCGAAGACGUGGAACGGCUGCUGAACCAAAUCGAAGCCCGCAAUGGCAUGGACGAUUCGCAGGAGGAGUCACGCAAGCAUCAGGCCCUCUGCCUGGACCUGGUCUUCCGCCUCGUCAGCUACAUACUGCAACUCUCUGGCGAAGACGAAAAUGUCAUCAGUCUGGAUGCCAUUACGCCUCGCCUAUACGAAAUAGUUAGCGAAUGGUUGUCCUCGGAGCUGUGCGGCGUGGCGGCCAUAGAUUUGCUAACCACCAUGAUGCGCCUGGGCAAGCAAGCGGCGGUGGCCAAACUUAUCGUUCGGGAGCCCACCUCCGUGGUUAACCUGGUGGCCAGCGCCGAGCGGCCAGAAACGAAGCCGGCGCAAGUGGUGGCCAUUCUGCGCUUGCUGCUCGUCCUGCUGCCUGAAUCGAAGACUGAGAAGCUGGUGCUGGCCAAGAUCUCCGAGUCCUACUUUGACAAGAUCCUAGCGGCGCCUCUUGCCCUAAUGCCGCAGUACCUGAGCACCCAGAGCCUGUCGCCAGCCGAAGUGGAAAAGGCCUGCUUUUGCCUCCUGCUGCUUGUGAAUGUCGCUGGCAUUGCGAAGAAGGCGUAUUUGGACAAAUGCUGUACGUUACUGGAGCAGCCACAGCUGCAGUACUGCCUGGCCCGCGGCAUGGUCAGCAACAACGAGCCACUGGUUUCGGCCGUCCUGCAGAUAGCCCAGUUCGAUCACUUUCCCCAGACGGCGGUGGCGAAGCAUGUGGCUGGCAUCAGCAGUGGUCUCUCGGGAGGUGCGGCUCCAACUGCAUGCUCCAGCGACCAGGCGGAGCAGUGGCGCAAUCUGAGCUCGAUCCUCAAGGGCCACCGCACCUUCACCGACAAGGACAUGGCGCAGCGGGUUAACGCAUUGCUGGACAGCAUAGGCGGCAUAGUAAGCCGCAACGAGCUGUCCACUGCUCCCAUUUCCCAGGUGAUUGAGCUGUAUAACCAUCGCAUUGACAGCCUGAAUGGAGCGGCGGUAAACCUAGAGCAGCGCCUGGAACAGGCCGGACAGCAGCUGAUCAGCGGCACCCAGCUGGCCCAUGUGCAGGCCGCAGAGCUGGAGCGCUUCCAGACCACCAACUUUGAGCUGCUAAUUAGCCAGGAGCGCCUCCAAACACAGUGCAAGGAUCUCAAGCAUCAGACGGACAAGCUGAAGAGCAACAUGACGAAUCUACUGAAGCAGCUCUCCGAGAACUCGGCCAGUCUGCAGGCCAACGAACGCCGCCUGGGCGUCAAGAAGUCGGAGAUAGCCAGCCUGCGCAAGGACUGCGAUGAGUUGCGCCAGAGCCUGAGCGCCAAGAGCGAGGAGUUCACCAAACUGGAGGCCCUCAAUAAGGAAAAUUGUUCCCGCAUCGACAAGCUCAAGAAGUCGACGGUGGCCUACGAGCAGGACAUCAAGGAAAAGGUGCGAACUAUCGAGGAGCGCGAACGGGAGCUGGCCAAGACACACAAGGCUCUGGAGGAGCAGCGUGAGGCGUGCAAGAAGUCCGAGGACCUCAUCUCCGUGCUGGAGACACAGCUGCAGGAGCGUAAGCAGCAGAUCGAGAACCUCGAAAUGGAGCAAAAGGAGACGGAGGACCUGCGCACAACCAUCAUGAGCCUGAUGGAAAGCAAAAAGCCCAAGCGGAAGACCUAAAGUGCCCGCAGGGAAUAAAGACCUAGGUUAGCUAAUUUUUUAAGGAAAACGCUCAUUUUUUAAUAUUUAUAUACAUUUAUUGCGUCUUGCACGUCCAAACAUUACAGUACAUAAUAUAUAAUAAUGCAAAUUCUGUGCAAGGGUCCAUUACAAAGUCCAAUU